AUGUUCACGUUGGUUUUCGCAGGAGCCGCCCAGCGCUGCAAGUGUAUACUGAUCCGCCCAGCGCUGCAAGUCUUCGGAUUCGACCCCGCCGUUUCGACUUCCCCCCGCAACGCGUGCGGCAUGCCAAAUGCCUCCUCGCCCGAGGGGGUGGGGGACACGCGGCUGCUGUCCCCGUACCAUCACCCGGUGAUCAUGCGGAGCCUCGAGGAGGCGGCCUUGACGACGGGGGGAGGGGCUGCUGAUGUUCCUCCGGUUCCUUCGGUGCAAUAAAAGAGUGAGCAUAAAAACAGGCUUCGGGCCUUGUCGUGCGUGGCCCGAAGAAUUAGGAAGUUGAGCUCGGAGUUGGGGAUGGCAGCAGGAGGGGGUUUACCCAUGUAAACGCAUGCCGUGAAGUGGUUAGACCGCUGAUCUCGCAUCCCUUCGACAUGCCGGCACGGAGCGGUUUUCGCCGUCCCAGGCUAUCACAUCGCAACGAUGAACCAGGGAAAGGAAGGGCGGGGCAAGAGAGUACGAGGGACAAGGAAGAGGCGCGAUAAGGAUGGCAUGCUGACAAUGCCGUGCUUGCUUUUUUCGGGGAGGAGCGGGGCGGGUUAUUGGUUGUCUUGGCUUGUCUCCACCAGGGACUUAUUUGCCCGCGACGAGAGGGCCUUGACUUGCAACAUCGUUGGUUUAGAGUUUGGUUUCUGAAUUAUGCCGUAUCCUGUCAGGCACUGCACGGCAUCCACCUAAGUAGAGUACAGUGGGGGUCCCUCAAUAUUUCCGGUGAAAUCGCGUAACACGCAGAUGGGAUAAUCAAGUUGUGUCAUUCUCUGAAUUGUGCCGGGGAAAGCGCCGCCGUGACCGGUGAAUCUGGCGGGCACAUGCCGUCGCUACUGAGGGACCCACCCACCCCACUGUACUUGGUAUUUCAGCAGUAGCGUCGGAGACGUCGUUCGGGUUGUUGCCUGACCGCCGUACGGUCGCACCACGACCGUACUGUCUGUAUGGUAUAUGACAGAAGGAGGGGGGGGGGGGUUUCCCUUGUUGGUGACCUAGAGGGCCCCGGCAAAGGAGCGCAUGAAGAUGCUGCUGCUGCUGUGAAGGGCAGAGCUCACCAGUGUCCUGCAUGAUGUGUGAUCUAUUCUGCGUGUGUCGUGUGUUCUGCUCUGGGCGCUAUUCUGCUUCACUUUCGGUGUAUGUACGCUUGGGGAACUAGCCGGGGAACUACACUUUGACUAUAUUGCUCGUCCUUUUUUAUCUCUUUUUUUUUUGGCGAAGACGUUCUCGUGCCUAUAGGGCAUGGGGUUUAUUUAAUCUUGUCGGCAAACGAACAUCCCGACGAUGAACGCUACAGCAGCAGUACCCAGCUUCUUGGAGGGGGUAGAUACCUCUAUUAUUCAUACUUGUACUGACUGCGUAGUUGCAUUUUUGUCCAAGCUGCCGAAGAACAACGGGUCCUAUCGCAUCAUUUUUUUUUUCUGAGUAUGACCCAACGAAUCCAUCUCUAUCCAAGGAAAGAGUCUAAGGUAGAUUAGCAAUGAAUCCAUGGCGUCAGCGAAAGUUCUGUUUUUCCACGGUUUCCCGAGCAACACACAGUGAUAUCUCCCCCAUGGGCAACAGGGUCAACAAAACAAUUUGUUUUUGAUUUUUUGUGCGUUUCGUCCUUCAGUCCCUGAUGUGGUACACAAGUAGUCUGGAAGCUUUUGUUUUUGUUUGUUUUCGUGCAUCAUUUGUGGGGCUUUCUUUACUCACGGUCUAAACUGUUACUUGUUGUUUCUCCGUCAUGUGAACGCUUUGUUCGGGGGUUCAGCAGUAGCUUGUGACGGGCACGAAAGGUACUGUCGCUUUGUCUUGAAGGAGUUGGGGGAGAGGACGUGCUGUAAAGAGGUUGGAGAGAAGAGUGGUUCACGUGAAGGAAACCGCACAAUUUACUACCAAGUUUUGUUUGUAUGUUUAGGGGGAUAGGGGGGGCGUUGUCGUAACGUAAUCUGUGAUGAACGCAACUAUUAGCUGCUGUUGUCAUUAUAAAGAAGAGGGGGGCGGGGGUUAGGGGGUGCCAUUAACCAUUAACUGCUGUACAUUGGUACAUACCAGACUUGUAUUUUGUGUCCCUUGGACUCUGUCUCUGGAUUUAAGUAGCACUGCCUCUACCUUUUAUAUGAGUACCACUGUGGGUCGAGGAGAGUGAGUGUUGAAUCCUCGGAGUGGAUGGAUUAUGUUGGAUUGUAUUCCGGGAGGAUGGAAUCUUGUUCAAUCCUUGGCCCAUUGGAGACACACUUUGCCAUCCAUGCCGCAACCGAAAUCUCAGGUUGGUGUCUAUUUCCCCCCUCGUUCCAUGAAAGAAAGAGCUUGCUUGUAUGGAUGGCGGGUUUUCCUACUAGGUCGCGGAAUGCAUCGAUAGCCGUUUGCCCAAGAGAACACCGAAACUUCAUCAUGUAGGGCAACUGUAGUACAGCUUAAUUGGUGGCAAAUCGUCGGUGUUUUGUUGAGCUUUCGUGUCGUCGUAGUCGGUAAUAAGCAGGAUUACCUGUUGCUUGGCAGCAAAGAUCAUGGAUGACGCCACACAACACGCACGCAUGUUUGAGAAGUUAGGCCUUCCCUGUGUUUUGCAUCGAAGUCGCUACUUCCCUCGUCCUCUCGAAGAAAGGUUCCAUUCGCGAUGCGCUGCUUCCCUGCGAUGGAAGGAUGUUAUGAGAUACACGGGUGUGAAUUGAUUUCUAGAAAGAGAGGUGUGCCCCUUCCCGCGGGGGUAGACUAGAUGGCUUGCUACCACGGAGGCGUCUGCGUUAGUUGGACCAGUACGGAUAUGACAAGGUACUGCGCGGAGACCGGAACGGAUUUUAAUGUGACGACAACAACGAUACC